CGCUCAGCAGUGAACAUCCUGCAGAGCGAGACGAGCUUCAGCCCCCGUCAACAUGCAGAUUCACAGAAACAGCCCUGGAAACAGGACGGCUCCAGUCUUGCAGUGAUGCAGCGUCUGCCCAUCCCACUGAACCAUUCAACCGUAAACAAGGCAGCAUCGUCAGGGAAACUAUGAGCUCGGAUAACGUCUUCAAACCGGAGAUGGAGUCGGACCCUCAGGGCGAGCUUGCCGACAUGGUGGCAUCCAUGAACGCCAGCCGCCUGACCCCUCCUAACGGCUACAGGUCAGGAGCGCCCAGUUCUACCAUGGGCCAAAGGGCCCGCCUCACAGACAGGAAGAUGUCUCUGCAGGAGAGGGGGAGCCGCGUGGCCCGGCAGCCCACCAUCGAGACCAAACGGGUUUCCAUCACUGAUGCCGAUGACUGUCUUCAGCUCAACCAGUAUAAACUGAAGAAAGAGAUUGGAAAGGGCUCUUAUGGAGUAGUGAAACUCGCCUAUAAUGAAGAUUCAGAACAAUACUAUGCAAUGAAGGUAGUUUCAAAGAAGAAGCUGCUGAGGCUGUGUGGGUUUUUGCGUCGCCCAUCUCCUCAGGGGUCAAACUCUCAGCAGGAUAUGUUCCCUAAAUCAAUGCAGCCUCUGGAGAGAGUGUACAGAGAGAUCGCCAUCCUCAAGAAACUGGACCAUCCGAACGUAGUUAAACUGGUAGAGGUGCUCGAUGACCCUGAAGAAGAUGGAGUUCACAUGGCCUUCGAACUAAUGAAAGAGGGGCCGGUGAUAGAGGUGCCCACAGACAACCCGCUAACCGAGGACCAGGCUCGCUUCUACUUCAGAGACGUCGUCCUGGGAAUAGAGUACUUACACUAUCAUAAGAUCAUCCACCGAGACAUCAAACCCUCCAACCUCCUCCUGGGGGACGACGGUCAUGUUAAGAUCGCAGACUUCGGCGUCAGUAACGAGUUUGAGGGCCACGACGCCCUCCUGUCCAGCACGGCGGGGACGCCGGCCUUCAUGGCUCCUGAGAUGAUGAGCGAACUCGAGCAAAGCUUCAGCGGGAAGGCAUUAGACGUGUGGGCGAUGGGGGUUACGCUGUACUGCUUUGUCUUCGGGAAGUGCCCAUUUUAUGAUGAGUACAUCUAUUCUUUGCACAACAAGAUCAAGAACAAACCUGUGGAGUUUCCAGAAACCCCUUCAAUAAGCAAUGAGUUGAGGGAUCUCAUUGAAAGAAUGCUGGAUAAAAACCCUGCAACCAGAAUCACCAUCCCUGAAAUAAAGCUCCAUCCGUGGGUGACGGAGAACGGCUCCAGUCCUCUCCCUCUGGAGGAGGAGCACUGCACGGCGGUGGAGGUCACCGAUGAGGAGGUGCAGAACAGCGUGAAGCUCAUCCCCAGCCUGUCCGCUGUGAUUCUGGUGAAGUCCAUGCUGAGGAAGCGCUCUUUCAGUAAUCCCUUUGAGUGUCAGGGCAGACGGGCAGAGAGGUCCAUGUCUGCCCCCGGAGGUCUUCUUACGGGACUUUUGGGCUUACUGGGGUCUUCGUCUCAUCCGUCUUUGAGGAAAAUCAGCAGAGAAGGGAGCAGAGAAGGAGAGCUGGAGGACUUGUAUGAGGACGAAUCCUUCGUCGAGAGCAACGAUUAAAGUGACACGUUUAGAUUAAAGCAGCAGGGAGGCGGCGGAAAAGAUGAGUUUUUGCACCUUUCGUUUGUCCUUUUUCAUCUCCUCGUAUUUCCUCUUGUUCCGUUCAGGCUGUGCUCACCUGCAGGCUGUUCUUUUCCACCUCUGUGCAGAGGAGCUUGAGAUUAUAUUAGUUUUGAAAUAAGACACUAGUUGUGAUGCCAUUCUGUCUUGUUUGCUGUUGUUUUUCUGUUCCAGCUGGCUUGUAUGUCACUUUUAUUGAUAGACUCGAAAUGUAAAUAUCAUCUAAAGAAGUAUUUUUAUGUUUUCGUACAGCAUCUUAAAAUAUAUAAAUGAAUAAAAGUCAUUAUAUUCAAGCAGGGUUUGAAUAUUUGGUUGUGAGUAAAUGCAGCAGCCAAAACUGUAAUGUUUAAUAUCAAACACUAGGAGGCAGCAUUUUGUAACUUUUGUUAUUUAUGACAUAUUUUUCAUUUUGUAUGUUUUCUUAUAAUGUUUAACCUCACACGGAAAUUACAAGUCACUGAUUUUAUAAAGCAUAAUUAUAAAUAAAACAACAAGCAUCUUCUAUCUUGAAGUUCUUCAGAGCAAGAAAUUUCAGGGUUUCCUAAUUGAAAAAAUGCUAAGUUAUAAUGAGAUUAUUUACCCAUGUAACUUCACAAUUAUUUUCAAUUUUAAACUCAACGAUCUGUUAGGAAGAAAACAAAAACGUGAAAUUAUUUAGCAUAAAAGUUCACAAAGCGAAAGCUUUGUUGAAACACCUUUUGAUUAAACUCCAGCAGGAAACCCUCCUGGGUACAAACCCAACCUCAAUUACCGUUAAUUUUGUUAAACAAAGUUCAGCUAUCCUUGUAGGAUUCUCUUGACAUUUUUAUAUAUACAUCCUUCAGCUUCGGCCAGACUAUGCAGAAAGAUUUUUUUUUUUUAAAGUAUAUUUCUGAAAUUAUCUCAUCCUGCAAAAGGUAUCUGUCAGGAGAAGGACAGUUUCUUCACAAAUGACAAAAAGCAAAGCAAAAACGUGAGAAAUCUGUUCAGAAGGAGCACCAAAAGUACAGGGAUGGUUGCUGAGUGCUGGGUCCAACUUGUGACAUUAGUCUUCUAUAUUUUCCAUACAAGUUUUUCACUCCAAAUAAAACGUAUAGUUUUGUCUAGGAUGACACGGUGUGACGGAACCAAGUUGGACAUUUUGGGCCACGGUUCAAUUUGACUGAAAUAAAACAGUUUCUCACCAACAGGAACACAAUCAUACCCAGAGUGAAACAAGGCGUUAGAAAACUCAGGAUGGAGGCAGCAGGGAUUUAGCUAUUUGAUUUAUAGGUAGUUCAAACCUAAUUCCAAAUCUGCUUCAGUAGAAAACCAGUAAGGUUUUGGAAAGGCCAAGCCAGAGUCCAGAACUAAAAGUUAGAAAACCUCUUCAGGUGGGUUCACCUGAACAGCAGUCUGAGAGAUUUGGAGAAUUUUGUAAGACAGGGUGAAAUUAAAUGUUUCCUGUGAAUAUUUUACCAAAAGUCGGUUCAACAAAUAAGUUCUUUAAAAGUGUGCAGGUUCAUUUGAACAAGUUAUUGCAGCAUUUUCUUCGAACAGAUUUGUUUUCUUUUCAUGUGAAUUGUAAAACAUACAUGCCCCAUUAAAAGCCUUAAAGUCA